AUGUCGCAACAACCAAUAUCGCUUCGUUAUCAAGUAAGAGAUUUGUACAAAAGGGUAAUUCCAGUACUUGACAAGGAGUAUCCACUAGGUUAUUCAUAUUUUCGUCCAAGGUUAAAAAAGGCAUUCUUGAAAAAUCGCGAUUUAGCAAAUGACGAUGAAAUAAAAAAUGCAAUUGGCACUGGUGAAUACGUUGUUAAAGAGCUAGAGGCAUUAUACUAUCUAAAGAAAUAUCGAACACUUAAGAGAUCGUAUUAUUGA